AUGGUCAUCGACCUCCUCAAAUGGCGCCACCACGGAUUCACUCAAAAACUCGAGCACUGGAUGAGGAUCCAGAAGCGCUACCGAAUCUACGAGCUCGGCUCCCUCCCACCCUUCCUCCUCGUCUUCGCAGGAAACGUCGCCCCCGUGGAGCACCGCUGGAACCAGCACGGCCUAGGCGGCGACAAUCUGCAGGGGCUAUGCCGAGACCUCCACCCCGGUCCAGUCAGCCUGCUGCACUGGAGCGGCAAGGGGAAGCCGUGGCUAAGGCUUGACGCUAAAAGGGCUUGUACCUUGGAUAAUCUGUGGUCCCCAUAUGAUUUGUACAAGCACGAGAUGUUGAUCUCCGAUAGCUAA